AUGAUUGAACCGCGGCGUGCAUCCAAUAUCUCCGUCUACAACAUUCAGAGCAAAUUCACCCGUAUGGACGGCAACAGCAGCGGACCUUCGCGGCUUACCUGUGACAACUGCAGAGAGAGAAAGGUCAAAUGCAACAGACAGUACCCAGAAUGCAGCAGGUGCUCUCGCCUAGGCUACCAGUGCACUUAUCGGAACCGGAUGAGCCACCGCGCCUCCCAGGCUGCCAUUAUAAGCCGGCUUGAAGAACGCGUCCGAGAUGCUGAAGCCCGUCUGGCACUGCAGUCUGCUGGCAGCAGUGAUGAGGGAUUGAUCCAUGUUUCCACCUCCCACUCAUCACAGUCGCACUCGCAACCGACAAUAUCACCAUCUUCAACCUCUAACUCCCACGGAGCAGCCCCAACUUACCUUCCCGAAAAGGGGCUCGGUCUUGAUCAUCCCCAUCGGUCUGCAAUGCCGGACUUUGAUCUUGAUAGUCUUGAAUCUACUUCAUACAAUGCUAUAUUUGACCAGAUACAGAUAACCGACAUGGAAGUUGAGGACCAGAUUAAUGAAUGGCAGACGUAUAUAGAUCCAUUACCUAUACCAUCCAGUCAGGCACAGUUAACAUCAUCAACAUCACUCACCUCGCAGGACUUAUCCUAUCUGCAUCAAGUCUUUUUCGAUUCUUACUCCACCGCCAUCCCAAUCUUGGCCAAGGACCGCUUCUACCGGGAACUACGGCUUUAUCCAGACUCGGUUGCUGUCAAAAGUGUCGCUUAUUCAGUAGCUCUUCUCGCCAUCACUAUUUCUGACAGCCAUCAGCAUUUAGAGGGUGCCUGCUACACAAAAACGCGGCGAUACAUUGAUGACUGUGAUAUUGAGGAGGUGGCUGGGCCGUCCAGCAGUAUCAACCUUUUGCAAUCUCUGCUCUUCUUGACGCGGUAUGAAGUCAGCAAACAAAAGUGUGCCCGCUCCUACCUCACCUUAGCUCGGGCAUCCCAUCUUGUCAAGAUGAUGCGCUUGGACCAAAUGGACAAGGGGGGGAGUUCGCCUGCAAUCACCAACACUGCACCAUACAUCUCACUCCCGGAGACACACGACGGCAUAAAGUUGGAGGAAAGAAGGCGCUGUUUUUGGGCUUGGUAUCUCCUCGAAGGUUACAGCGGUGUGCAUACCGGCCGCCCAGCCAUGCAAGAUGAUGCAACCAUAUUUGUUUCCUUGCCUUCCCCGGGAAGCUUAGAUUCCAGUUCGGAGCCUUUACCAAUGCCCUACCUAACAGAGACAAACCUCAUCAGAAGCCCCGAUAUGCUUUCACCAUUUGCAGGGGCUGUGUUAGUAGUCUCGGUAGUUCGCAAAGUGCUCGACCACACCUCGUUAUGCACCCAAGCCGGUCGCCAAGAAGAACCUUCAGGAUUUUGGGAUCGCCAUUAUGGUUUACUUAAACACCUUGAUACCUUCCAUGCCCUGCUUGAACCAUUCACGGCAACACUCAUACAUCGACACCCCCUCGUGUUCGAUCUACAACUUCUUUUUAAUGGAGCGGAAAUUCAAUUUUUGGAAGCUGCCUUCAACGAAGGUGAGAGGCGAGGACUACCUUCUACCAUCAAUGAGGAAAGCGCAAAUCGCCUCUUGGGCGUAGCUCAAAAGACGGCGGGGACAGUCUGCUCGACGUGGUCUCAACACCGAGAUGUGAUAAACACGCUCUCUUUGAGCGGUGCCUUCGUCGCCUGGCCAGUCUGUAGUGCGCUCAAAGUCCUUCGCACAUCUUUCUUAAGUUGCGACGACGACAGCAGCACUCGUACAAACAUGAUCCAGGGGCUGUCUGAAGCACUCGAGGCAAUCGAGAAGCCAGGUGGCCCUUGGCAUAAAUCCCUUUCCAAGGCCCAACUUUAA